UCGUUCAAGACAUCAGUUCAAGACAAUCAUGAGGUUGAAAGUAAAGUUGGCUGGACAUUCCAUUGUGAAACAACUUAUUUUGAGUGAACAUUUUACAUUUGGGGAACUUGUGACAGAUACUGUUACAAUUACUGAAGGUUGUGAAAUGCUGGGGGGAGGGAGAAUUUCAAAACUCAAGGACCAUUUAGUAGAAUCUCAAGAAGGUCAUGAUGCAACAAUGCUCAUAUUACAAAUUGGAGGAAAUGACCUCAAAUGUUCAGAAAGUGACAUCCCAUAUAAAGCAAAGAUAAAUUCAAUUUACACCCCACUUUAAGAACCUUUAGAAACGGCGGAAUCAAUAGUCAAUUGAGCAGAAGAAUACUUUGAAAAAUUCCCAUUGUGCGAAAGAGUUUACAUAGGACAGAUUUUAAAACGUCAUUUUCAUCCAACCAAAUACAAUAUCAAUACUUUA